GUUCUGAUCUGUGUUAUCGCGAGAACUGUCCCGCUGUAUAAAUUCUCUGCCAGAGCUUGUCACUCAAAGCACUUUUCUAUCUCUCCCUUGCGUGGUGUGUUCAAAGCUAAGACUGAAGAUGUCUGCAGGAAAGGCACAGAUCGGGAAGUUGGCCCCAGACUUCACAGCCAAAGCGGUGAUGCCAGACGGACAGUUCGAUGACGUAAAGCUGUCAGACUACAGAGGGAAAUAUGUCGUCUUUUUCUUCUAUCCGCUGGACUUCACUUUUGUGUGUCCGACUGAGAUCAUCGCUUACAGUGAUGCUGCUGACGAUUUCAGGAAGAUCGGCUGUGAGGUCAUCGCUGCCUCUGUCGACUCCCACUUCUCCCACUUUGCAUGGACCAACACGCCGCGUAAGCAGGGCGGGUUGGGGGCCAUGAAGAUUCCCCUGGUUUCUGACACAAGACGCACCAUCUCCACAGAUUACGGUGUCUUAAAAGAGGAUGAGGGCAUCGCCUACAGGGGUCUGUUCAUCAUUGACGACAAGGGCAUCCUGAGACAGAUCACCAUCAACGACCUCCCAGUGGGACGCUGUGUUGAGGAGACCAUGCGUUUGGUCCAAGCUUUUCAGUUCACCGACAAGCACGGAGAAGUCUGCCCGGCCGGCUGGAAGCCAGGAAGUGACACCAUCAAACCAGACGUCCAGAAGAGCAAAGACUUCUUCUCCAAGCAGUAAUAAACCCAGGGCCAGAGUCUGCAGCCUGCUGUAAGAGAUUUCAUUAGAGAUUACUUUUCCAGACAACAAUAUUUAAGACAGCUGCUGUGCCUGCGGGGGAUUGGUUCAAACACUUUUUUUUUUUUUUUGUGUUGUUGUAAUUAUGCUGUGUGUCUUAUUGUCUGUGGGGUUUAAUAGUGCACUUGUGACCAAAGUAUGUCAUUGUGUUGUUAAGUUGUGGUAAUUUAACUGUACACCUGCUCAAUGUCUGUUUUCUCUUUCCUACCAUUCCUUACAAUUAUGAAAAGAGAAGGACCACACAAGCUUUUUUAUUUGCAGGAAGCCACAAAACGCACACUCUGAUGUGUUUUUGUUACUUUUCCUUUUUUUUUUUACAGUGCACAAACCACGUUCUUUUAUCACAAUAAAGAUAACGCUUUAUAA